CGUUAUGACUGCCCGAGCGAUCGGUUGUUCCAGCUCUCUCCCGUUGUUUGUACUCGUGUGUCUUCGUGCUUUCAAAUACUGCGUUCGUGCUGAUCAGCAGACGUCAUCGCCAGACACGGACGUGUCGCUCGAUUGAUUUGUUGCAAAAACAACAACAAUUUAAUAUAACAACAACAACAAAAAAUUGGUUUGCACAAUGUCGCGAAGUUUGCGCCCUCUUAAAAUAACCAUCGUUGGCGAUGGCAUGGUGGGCAAAACCUGCCUUCUGAUAACCUACACACAAAACGAAUUUCCCGAGGAGUAUAUACCGACUGUAUUCGACAAUCACGCCUGCAACAUAACCGUCGACGAUAGUGAAUACAAUCUGACACUGUGGGACACGGCCGGUCAGGAGGAUUACGAAAGACUGCGACCAUUGAGCUAUCCAAAUACGAACUGCUUCAUUGUGUGCUAUUCCAUUAGCAGUCGUACCUCGUUUGAGAACAUCAAGAGUAAAUGGUGGCCGGAGAUACGUCAUUUUGGUACCAAUGUGCCUGUGGUGCUGGUGGGCACCAAGCUGGAUUUGCGUAUACCAAAUUCCGAGAAAUUCGUAACCACACAGGAGGGGCGCAGAUUGCGCAAGGAGAUCCAUGCGCAUAAUUUGGUCGAGUGUUCCGCCAAGAAGAAGAUCAAUUUACAGCAGGUGUUCGAGGAGGCGGUGCGUGCGGUGGAGAAGAAACCAGGAAAGAAGCCGCCGACGUGCCAAAUUCUGUAAUUAAGUCAUAGGCUUAGUCUUUAAAUAUUGUUAUUAUACUUAAUUGUAUUAUGAAACUAUGUAAUUGUCUGUUCGCUGGCAUUCGAUUCCCUAGUGUCACAUGGUGUGUGUGUGUGUGUAGAAAAUGUAACGUUAAGUUAUAGUUUUAAGUUUUAGUUGUGUGAAAAACCCUUUUUGUUUCCGACCAAAGUGCAUUUUUUAUGUAAAAAUCAAAACAAAAUAUAAGUAAA